AUGGAUAAGGCAAAAAUCAACUAUCUUUUGGAAGGGGAGAUCCUAGUUAAAGGCAAGACCUUUGGUCUUUGGCAACCAAAAAAAUACAUCUUAGAUCAAGAACUUAGAAUAUUUUCAAUAAAAAGUUCAAAAUAAAAUAAAAAUUAUCAUCUAGCUAAUUAUUAAGUAAAAUAUAUUCCUCAUUCCUGAUAGAUAGCAAAUGUAGAAAGAAAAAAUAAUAGAUUUUAAUUUGAAUUGGUUUCUACAAUAGGUGAAAAGAAUAUAUUAAUGGGAUCUGACAAUGAGAAAUUUGCCAAUGAGCUUAUGUUAUUCCUAAAAAAAAUGUGUGGAUAAUAACUUCGAACUUAAAGUUUGUUCGAGCCUAAUUUAUCUUCUAAACCAAAUUGUAUGAUAAAUUUUAUUAAAAUGCAGCAUCCUUAAGAGAUUACGAUUACGACAUUCCACAAUUUUUUGAAAUGCCUGAAAUUCGAGAUGCGUAUAUUUUUAUAAUUAAUCUAGUAUUCAAAAUAUCAGAUCCAAAUCUUUCUAAUUGGAAUAGUAUGAACUCACUCAAAAUCAAAUAGUGAAGAUUUAUAGAAAUAAAAACAAUUAACUCAAUUUCAAAGUCUUUAUUACUUUACCUGGAAAUUGUAAUAUUCCUUAGAUAUUUUUUUAGGCAUAGCAAAAUGUCAAACCCAAUUAUUUCAAUCUUAGUAUGAUUGGAAUGUGCACAACAUCAAAGAAUACACUUAAAUUAAAGAUUUCAAAUCUGAUAAAUCCCAAAUGAUAACUGAAAUAAGAUUAAUCAAAAAUUGGUUUUAAUUCAAAAGAGAAUUCACUUAUUUAAGACAUGUGGUUGAAUUUAAAAAAAAAGAAAAUACUAAAAUUAUUAUUGAAAAAAAAGCAGAUCACAAAAUACAUUAAGGCACUGUUUCAGGACUGUUAAAAUUCGCAGUUUGGGGUCUUUAAUUCGAAAACAAUCAAACAAAUAUUGUAUUAUUUACUGAAUAGAGUUACAAUGGGUUAGCCUUUAUUGAAGAAGACUCAAUCCUUUCAUAACAAUAUUUUUUGUAAUUUGAAAAUAUAAUAAAGCAAUCAAAAUCUGAUCCUGAUAAACAACUAAUGCAGGAUUAAGGUUAAGGCAUAAAUCCAAAUAAUAGUCCUCAAAAUGAAUUUUUAACUUCAAAGUCAAAAGUAAAAGUUAUAAAAGAUGCUUAGUAAGCUGAUAUCUCAAAAUAAACAAUUCAAAAUCCAAACUCUCAAUAACCUAUAAUUGUCUCAUCCCCACUCUAGGGUCCCAAUUAAUAAAUUCCAGUUUCAUCGCCCAAUUAAAUGUUACUACCUUCUAAGGAUAAAAAUAUUCCAUAAAUUGGAAAUUUGAAAGAGGAUGAUUAAUAAGUUUAAUAGUAAAUCAAUAUGAAAAAAUCAGCAAAGUCUUCUGAAAUUCUUUUAGGAAAAGUAGAUUAAAAUAAUCUUUCUUAAGGUACGUUAGAAUAAUUGAAGCUAAAGAAAACUUCUAGUUCUUAAGAAUCUUCUCAAGUUGUUGGAAAUAAUAUUUCAUAAAAUAUCCUAUUUCAACAACCGAAAAUAGAGGAUGAUUGUGAAAAUGAUGAAAUUGAACCUAAAAAUGAGGGAUCUGAUGGAAACCUCACUCAAUAUUAUGAUUGUCAGGAUGAUAUUGAUGCUAUGAAUGAUAAAUUGUUUAUUGGAUAAUAGGAUCAAUAAGCAAAUAGUUCUGAUUAAAGUGUGAUGGAAGUCAGGAACUCAAUAACUUAAAGAUAGCCAACGAACAAGAGUCACUAAAUUUAAAGUUAAAGUGAUACAAUCGAAAAUAUUGAAGAUUGGGUAGAAAAAAAGAUGUAGGCUUAUUUCAGUGGAAAAUUUUGUCAAAUUGCCAUAGAUAUAGAACAUAUUUUGAAUCCAUUAGAGUCAGAUCUCAAAGUAGAUAUAUAUAUUCAAUUAAUAUAGAAUAGAAAAUAUAUGAAAGAAUAAGAAGGAGGACACUAUAUUUUUAGAAAAGAUUUUAUGAGAGAUGAAAAAAAUGGCGGACUGAAAUGUAUAAAUGAAGUAAAAGUGAAUGCAUAGAAAAGUGUGGUUAAAUUUUUAUUAGCUAGAAUAGGUAUUAAGUGAUAUAUUUUAAAGGAACUUCACUUUUAAUGGGAAGAUCUCUUACAAGCAUAUCAAUGCCUGUAACAAUAUUCGAAUCCAGAUCUAAUACUGAAAGAGCAUGUAGUUCUUUGGCCUUUGCUCCAGUGUUUUUAGAUGAUGCUGCUAUUUCGAAAGAUAAAUUUUAUAGGAUUAAAUAGUGUGCAGCAUUUUCUUUUGGAUUUAUCUUUUCAUACUUAUCUAUGGAAAAGGUAAGAUCCAUAUAUAAAUAUUGCUAGCCCUUCAAUCCCAUUUUAGGAGAAACCUUUUAAGGUUAUUUCGAUAAUUGUCCAAUAUAUUGCGAAUAAAUUAGUCAUCAUCCUCCCGUUUGCAUUAUCUAAUAUUAUGGUCGAAAAUAUAAGUAUGAAUAUUCUAAAUAUGAAUAGAAUUGAUGCUCGUUUAGAACUAGUCGCAAACUUUCAUUCUAAUUCUGUUGUUGGAAGAAAUGUAGGUGAAGUUAAAGUGAUAUUUGAAAACCCUCCUUAAGAAGUCAUUAUUUUAUUAGCACCUGGUUGUAUUUAUGGAACUACAUUUGGUGAUAAAUCAAUGGACUUUUUAGAAAAAUAAUUUCUAUUUGAUUUAAAUAAUAAAUGGGUUAUGGAAUGUGCAUUCAAGCCUGAUAAAAAAUACUGCUAAUACUUUAAUAUUGAGCAUCUUCCAUACUCAGAUUUUGUAGCUGGAGGAGUCUGUGAGGUUACAGAUGCAGCUAUAGGAAGAUAUUUAAGAGAAGGCUAUAGAAAAUAUAAGGGCCUCGAUCUAAAAUCUGAAGUUAAAUCAGUUAAAAGCAUAAUUAAAGGGGUUUGGAACCAAGAAUUAAAAGUAAGAAUCUUUCAUAUCUAAGUUUGAUAAUCAAAGGUUGAUAUCCAUAAUGACAGACUUCCCAAUCAAAUUAGAAUUGGCAUAAUAUCCUUUACCAUCAGAUGCUAAUUUCAGAAUGGAUGUUCUAAUGUGGAAAUUGAGAGAUUUUGAUUAAGCCUAAUAGUGGAAAGAAAACCUUGAAAUAUUUUAAAGGCAAGAUAGAAAAUUGAGAGAAGCAAUGGGACAAAAAAAGAAGAAGAAAUGA